UGGACCUGCUCGAGCUUCCAUCGCAUGCUGCCACCACGCGACAAGUCCCCUCUGGUCCCCAUUACGUACAGAGACAAGGGUCCCUCGACAGCCUAGUUAAUUACGCCGCUUUCCUGCACGAGGCCCGGAGCAUACUAAUCUUCCGAAUGCUGGUGCAGAUGACAAUCGGGAACCCGGCUCUAUCUUGGGCGUCGAGUGUAACGGUUCGCCCUCCAUUAUUAGUACUAAUACCCGAUGCGCCUGGAGAAGCCGGUAUGGGUUUGUUCGGCCUGACAUAUAACGACACUGCUCUUCUUUCUUUGCCGUGGGCAUUCGAAGCGUCCAAAUCAUUGCUCUUGACUACCUGCGUUACCUCUGUCGCAACUGCAAUGAAUCUAACCAGCUGAUUGUGGUCCCCUCAACAGCCCCUCUCUCAAAAUGGCCAGGUUCCGUACCAGGUUGUACAAAACGGAUCGAGCCCGCGAUUUCGAUCAUGAACAGGAUCGCUAUGUUCGCAUGAGACAGAUAUAUGAGACGAUUGACCGACAGUCUUACCAGUGGGUUGUGGUCUUGGUCGCAGGAGUUGGCUUCUUCCUCGAUGGUUAUACUCUAUUCGCCAGCAAUAUAGCCCUUCCCAUGAUCAGCUAUGUCUACUGGAGGGAUGACACGUCUUCUCUCCGAUUCACAUGUAUCAACAUGGCUACCCUAGCUGGCACCGUGCUCGGGAUGGCCCUGUUUGGCUUCCUCGCCGACAAAAAUGGUCGGAAGAAGAUGUACGGUGUUGAACUGGUCCUCCUUAUCACAGCCACCCUGGGAGUUGUCAUGGCGUCGACCGGUGCCAACGGCAGUAUGGACAUAUUCGCUUGGCUGAUCUGGUGGAGGAUUGUCGUGGGAAUCGGAGUUGGAGCCGAUUAUCCUCUGAGUGCUGUCAUUACUUCUGAGUAUUCAACCCCUGUGAGAGUUCCUUACGUCGAGCUAAUGUUGACAUCUCGCAGAUUCGCACCAAAUUCGCAGCGUGCUCGGAUGAUGGCCACAGUCUUCUUCAUGCAACCUCUUGGUCAGAUCGCCGGAAAUGUUGUCUCUCUGAUCGUUGUUGCUACCAGCAGGACCAAUAGUUACGCAGAUACCGCAGACGUCGUUCGUAUCGUGGACAGGAUGUGGCGAUGGGUCAUUGGCAUCGGCGUCGUCCCGGGUGUUAUCGCAACGCUCUUCCGUUUCGCCAUUCCCGAGAGUCCCCGUUAUUUGCUUGACAUCGAAGAUGAUCCUGUUAAAGCCGAGUUCGAUGCGACAACGCUUUUCAGUGACAUGGCUUCUAUAAGAACAACUGCCGAAACGGCCAGUGCAAACAGUAUCCCCUUACCUGCCCUAUCUCUAUCGAGACCAUCUACCGAUAAUCCUUCAUCUCCCUCUCUCUCCGAAUACCCUUUACAACCGGCUACCCUCAACUCCCAUUGGCGUCUGGCACGGUCAGACAUCAUCCACUAUUUCUGGACUGAAGGAAACUGGCGCUGCCUCGCAGGGACUGCAGCGGCAUGGCUCCUUCUUGAUUUUAGCUUCUACGGCAUAGGGCUCUCGAGUCCGCAGUCUCUCGCAAGAACAUGGGGGUCGUUGAAUCUCCAUGGGCCAGCCCCUGUAUGGAAGACAGAUGACAAAUCUGGGGCAAACAUAUUUGACAUGUUCAUGAACACAUCUGUUCAUGCCUUGGUGAUCUUGAAUAUCGGCAGUUUUACAGGCAGCCUUUUGUUCAUAUUCUUCUCUCCCAAGUUGAGUGGGCCUAUUGUACAGAAAUUCGGGUUUCUCGCCCUUGCUGCUCUAUUCAUUGCCAUGGGUGUUGUGUUUGUCACUGUGCACUUGAAUGGGCCGGGUGCAGUUAUCUUAUAUGUUGUUGGCCAAUUCCUUUUCAAUUUUGGGCCUAACGUGACAACCUACACGAUCCCAGCUGAAGUCUUCCCUACUCGUUACCGUGCCACGUGCCACGGUAUCAGCGCUGCCGCUGGGAAAAUUGGCUCCAUUGCUGUUCAACUCUUCUCCCAUUACUACGGUUUCGGUAGCUCCGAGAGCCCCCGCUACGGUUGGGUAAUGAUUAUUUUUGGAGCCUGUAUGAUUGUGGGUGCUGUUGUGACGCAUUUUUGGGUCCCCUCUACAAAGCGGGGAAGAUUCUGGGGCGGAGAACCCGAGACACUCGAGGUGCUGGCGUUGGGUAGGCAGGGAAUGAGGAGUCGGUAUGCGCAUUCUGCAAGGAGGUCAUCGCUGGCGUUGCCGGAUUUCUGUUCUUCCAAAUGACAAAGGGAUAGCCUGGUUUGAUUUGUUUUGUUGGCAUUUUUGUGCGUAUAUAUGGAUGUGUUUUAUCCUACCCCUCUUUACAUAUUUCCUAUGUAUAUAUUACUUUUUCUUUUUGGCAUUGGUUAGGGCCGGGUACCCUAUUCCAUGUUAUUUCUACAUAGUACAUAUUAGACAAAUGAUCACUGUCCAUACUUCCA